GUCGGAUCGUGUUGUGCAAGACAUUUGUAAUAGAAGGUAGCUCCAGUCUUUACAGCUUUCAGUUUGUUAACAGCUCGCAAUGGCAACUCAUAUAUUGCUGAAUACCGGUGCAAAGAUGCCAGUUCUGGGACUCGGAACAUGGAAGUCCCCACCAGGCAAAGUAACCGAAGCAGUGAAGUUAGCCAUUGACUCCGGAUACCGCCACAUUGACUGUGCCCAUGUCUAUCAAAAUGAGAAUGAAGUAGGAGAGGGCAUCCAGCAGAAGAUCAAAGAAGGACUUGUGAAGAGGGAGGACCUUUUCAUUGUCAGCAAGCUGUGGUGUACAUUCCACAAGAAGUCCCUGGUGAAGCAAGCAUGCCAGCAGACUCUGUCUGACCUCAAACUUGACUACUUGGAUCUUUACCUCAUCCAUUGGCCUAUGGGAUUCAAGGCGGGCAGCGAGUUCUUUCCUCUUGAUGACAAAGGAUUAGCGUUGUCAGACAAUACCUGCUUUCUAGACACCUGGGAGGGAAUGGAAGAGCUGGUGGACGCAGGAAUGGUGAAAGCCAUUGGGGUCUCCAACUUCAACCAUGAACAGAUAGAGGCUCUGCUAAACAAACCAGGUCUCAAGUACCAACCGGCCAACAACCAGGUUGAGUGCCACCCGUACCUGACUCAGGAGAAGCUGCUGAACUACUGCAAGUCGAAGGGGAUCUCGCUCACAGCAUACAGUCCCCUGGGAUCCCCAGACAGACCAUGGGCAAAACCAGAAUACCCCUCUCUACUGGAAGAUCGUAAAAUCAAGGCAAUUGCUGAAAAGCACAAAAGAACUGCAGCUCAGGUUCUGCUCCACUUUCAAAUUCAGAGGGGUAUCAUUUCUGUCCCAAAGUCAAUUACUCCCCAGCGCAUUGAAGAGAAUUUCAAGGUUUUUGAUUUUGACCUUGAUGGAGAAGACAUAAAAAACAUCCUGAGCUUUAACAGGAACUGGAGGGGUUUCCCAAUGCACUGUGGUGUGGAGCACAAGGAUUAUCCAUUUCAUAUUGAGUACUGAGCGGGAGAUUGGGUGGAAGAGCAAACCUCCCAUGUUCUGGUGCUGGGUUUGGUGUUUACUGCAUGAAGCUCUCCUUACGUUUAGGAGUUGCAGUUCUAGUUGAUAAAAUGAACUUGACUGAAUCAAACUGAAGAUGCUAAGAUAAACUGUUGGAUUUGAUUUGUUUGAUUUGAAAAACUUUUUCCAUACAUUAAUUACUUAAAUAUAGUGGUAUUUAGCUCUGCAGCUGUUUACAGUAAGUGAAUAUACCCAGUGUGAUCUGAUCUGUAAAAGGGUUAAAAAAAAAAAAAAA